GGUUGGAGGAGAGCGGCGCAGGGGAUCCGGAGGGGGGUAGGAACGGGCCGCCCCGCUUCUCGUCUUUCCCUCUCUCCCUUCCCCUCUCAUGCAUUCGCGCUGUGGCCGUGGACCUCUCCGCUCCGUCUCGCAGGGCCUGAGCGGCAGGGACGAGGCAGCGCCGCUCUAAGUGCGGGCGCCCGCGAAUCACGCAGCCGAGGGCCGGGGGAGAGACCGUGCGGCGCGCACCCUCGGGACAGGGCGACGGGCCUCCUUUCCGCAGCCCCAGCGGCCGAAAGCGAGAAGGAUAAAGCAAGGAGGGACUCCGGGACAAAGGAGGCGGGAGAGCUCUCCGCAAAGUCGGACCGUCCGCUGGCUGCGAGCAUGUGGGGCGUGCGUGUGCCACUGCUGUGCGUGUGCGCGUUCCUCCUCCUCCCCCGCACUGUUUCGCAGCCUCCAGCCGAGAGUGACACCUACACGGAAUGCACAGAUGGCUAUCAAUGGGAUGCGCAGACCCAGCACUGCAAAGAUAUAAAUGAGUGUGAGACCAUUCCUGAGGCCUGCAAGGGGGAGAUGAAGUGCUUCAAUCACUAUGGUGGCUACCUUUGCCUCCCGCGCUCCGCCUCAGUCAUCCCUGCCCCAGACCCCCCCAGCCAGUUGCCGCACAGCCCGUCCCAUGGCGACAGCGAGACCUUCAACUCCUGCCCGCUGGGGUAUGAGCUUCAGGGAAACAACUGCGUGGAUGUGGACGAGUGUGAGCAGGACACGCACGACUGUCAGCCCAGCCAAGAGUGUUUCAACAGCCCUGGCGGCUACACCUGUCAGUGUCCAGAGGGCUACCGCAAGGUCGGCACGGAGUGCAUCGACAUCGACGAGUGCAGGUACAGGUAUUGCCAACACCGCUGCGUCAACGUGCCCGGCUCCUUCUCCUGCCAGUGUGAGCCCGGUUUCCAGGUGGCAGGGAACAACCGCUCCUGCGUGGAUGUGAAUGAGUGUGACAUGGGUGCCCCCUGUCAGCAGAGGUGUUACAACACUUACGGCACGUUCCACUGUCGCUGUGACCAGGGCUACGAGCUCGGGCCGGAUGGCUUUGCGUGCAACGAUAUUGACGAAUGCAGCUACUCCAGCUACCUUUGCCAGUACAAGUGCGUGAACCAGCCGGGGAAGUUCUCGUGUGCGUGUCCGGAGGGGUACCAGCAGCUGGGAACACGCCUCUGCCAGGAUGUGAAUGAGUGUGAGACUGGCUCGCACCAGUGCGCCGAAGGGCAGACCUGCGUAAACCUUUACGGGGGGUAUAAGUGCGCGGACACCAACCGCUGCCAGGAUCCCUACGUGCGGGUCUCCGACAAUCGCUGUAUGUGUCCGGUGUCUAAACCCGCCUGCCGGGACCUGCCCUUCUCCGUUGUGCACCGCUACAUGAGCUUGACAUCCGACCGUGCCGUCCCAUCGGACAUCUUCCAGAUCCAAGCCACCAGCAUCUACCCCGGGGCCUAUAACACCUUCCGUGUCCGCUCUGGGGAUGACGGCGGGGAUUUCUACAUCCGACAAAUAAACAACAUCGGUGCCAUGCUGGUCCUAGCCCGUACGGUGACCGGACCCAAGGAGUAUGUCCUGGACCUGGAGAUGGUGUCUGUGAACCCAAUCAUAAGCUACCAGACCAGCUCUGUCCUGCGCCUGUCCAUCUUUGUGGGGCCAUACUCUUUCUAGAGAGUGAGAACGAGACUGAGAGAGAAGGUGGGAGUGAGUGAGAAAUGUAGGAGAGACGAGAGUGGAGUGAGUAAAAGGGAGGGAAGGAAGAAAGGGGUAGAAAUGUAGAGAACGAUGGGGGUGGGGACGGUCGGAUGAAAGGAGAAAAACUCAAGUCCGCAUUCAUCUCCAUUUAGACCAUCGUUCACUGGUCCUGUCUGGAUUUUCUUUAAAGAAUCAUGAUAGUAUCAAACAGUUGCCAAUACCAGGUCAAACUACAAGAGUUCCUAACUGUCCAAAUAUCGCAUCUCGCAGCCAGCAAUGAUGGUAUUAAUGAUACCAUAUGUAACUAAAUGUCGAGCAAGAAGUUC